GUCUACAAUGUUUACAUGGCGGGCCGCCAGCUCUGCUCAAAGCGGUACCGGGAGUUUGCCAUCCUGCACCAGAACCUGAAGCGGGAAUUUGCCAACUUCACUUUUCCACGUCUCCCGGGGAAGUGGCCGUUCUCUUUGUCGGAGCAGCAGCUGGAUGCCCGGCGGCGAGGGCUGGAGGAGUACCUGGAGAAAGUGUGUUCGAUACGUGUCAUUGGGGAGAGCGACAUCAUGCAGGAGUUCCUGUCGGAGUCGGACGAGAAUUACAACGGCGUCUCGGACGUGGAGCUCCGAGUAGCAUUACCAGAUAUAACGACAGUGACAGUCAGAGUCAAAAAGAACAGCACUACAGACCAUGUGUACCAGGCUGUGGCUGCCAAAGUCGGAAUGGACAGUAUUACCGCAAACUACUUCGCCUUGUUUGAAGUGAUCAAUCACUCCUUUGUGCGCAAGCUGGCGCCCAACGAAUUCCCCCACAAACUCUACGUGCAGAACUACACCUCGGCGGUGCCGGGAACGUGCCUGACCAUCCGAAAAUGGCUCUUCACUACAGAGGAGGAGGUUCUCCUCAAUGACAACGACCUGGCAGUCACCUACUUCUUCCAUCAGGCUGUUGAUGAUGUCAAGAAAGGCUACAUCAAAGCAGAGGAGAAGUCCUACCAGUUACAGAAGCUGUGUGAGCAGAGAAAGAUGGUCAUGUAUUUAAACAUGUUACGGACGUGUGAGGGUUACAACGAGAUCAUCUUCCCCCACUGCUCCUGCGACUCUCGGCGGAAGGGGCACGUCAUCACGGCCAUCAGCAUUAAGCACUUUAAACUCCACGCCUGCACGGAGGAGGGCCAGCUGGAGAACCAGGUAAUAGCGUUCGAAUGGGACGAAAUGCAGCGGUGGGACACGGACGAGGAGGGAAUGGCGUUUUGUUUCGAAUACGCGCGAGGAGAGAAGAAACCCCGAUGGGUUAAAAUCUUCACCCCCUAUUUCAACUACAUGCACGAGUGCUUCGAACGGGUUUUCUGCGAGCUCAAGUGGAGGAAGGAGGUGGAGGAGGAAGCAACAGACAAGGAUAACAAGAACUGCAGUAAAGACAGUAUGUGCAGCAAGGGGGUGGAGGCGGCUUUGCGCUUACAGGCCUCUUUCCUGACGGUAGAAACACGUGGUCCCGACUUGCCCGUCUCCUGGACUCUGCCGGAUGACCCGGAAUGUGACGCUGCGGCUGACGGCUGA